CGGUGGCGUGCGAAGAAGUCGGAAUAAGAAAUGGUUGGCUUACGAUGCAUAGCGGGAGUAGGAGUUCACCGCAGCUGGCAGCAUCAUGGAAUCCUUGCUUCUAAAUCUGAAGAGGCAGUAACGCUAACACGGUGGUGCUCAUUCUUCCCUACUUCUCCUUCUGCUAUCACGAACAAAAAUCAUCAGUGCCGAAUUAAGCCCAGACGCCCGUUUUCAGUGCCUGACAAUAGAGAUGUUGAGGAUGAAGGAGCAUCUCCUUGGGAACAACUAGGUCUAGAGCUAGAAUGGAAGCUCCUCACAAGUAGGAUUCGCGAUUCUGGAAUAAUAUCUUCAUGCCUGGUUGGUCUCCUCACCGGUGUGGCUGUCGUUCUCUUCAAUAAUGUGGUCCAUGAAAUUCGUGAUUUGUUCUGGGACGGGAUUCCCUAUCGAGGCGCCUCGUGGUUGAGAGAAGCGCCUAUUCAGGAAACCUGGACAAGAGUAAUACUAGUUCCGACUUUUGGAGGUGUUAUAGUGUCUAUGCUGAAUCUACUUCGUCAACGUUUUGAUUCCGCUGUCCAAGAAAACCCCUUCCUCCAAACUCCAUCUGCGUACCUCAAGUCUGCUUCCCGCCCUUUCUUAAAGGCCAUGGCAGCUUCUGUUACUUUAGGUACCGGCAAUUCCUUGGGUCCCGAGGGUCCCAGCGUCGACAUUGGUACUUCCGUUGCCAAAGGGAUCGGUCCUUUCUUUGACAAUGCCAAAAGUUCUGGCAGAAUGCUUUCCCUUCUGGCCGCUGGAUCUGCUGCUGGCCUCGCUGCCGGUUUCAAUGCUGCUGUUGCUGGUUGUUUUUUCGCUGUUGAGUCUGUCUUGUGGCCAUCGCCUUCACAUGCGUCUUUACCACUUACAAAUACUACUUCCAUGGUGAUACUUAGUGCUGUCAUAUCUUCUGUUGUUUCUGAAAUUGGCCUUGGCUCUGAACCAGCCUUUAAAGUUCCAGAGUAUGACUUCCGUUCCCCUGGGGAACUCCCGCUGUAUCUAUUGCUGGGUAUUUUAUGUGGCCUAGUGUCAUUGGCCCUAUCUAGGUGUACAUCAUAUAUGUUGACUAUUGUUGACAAUCUUCACAAGGCCACUGGCAUUACAAGAGCUUCAUUCCCUGUAUUGGGAGGCUUAGCAGUUGGGUUGAUAGCAUUGGUGUAUCCUGAAAUCCUCUAUUGGGGUUUUGAGAAUGUUGACAUUUUGUUAGAAUCUCGGCCAUUUGUUAAAGGCCUUUCCACUGACCUUUUGCUUCAGCUAAUAGCUGUCAAGAUAGUUGCAACUUCUCUGUGUAGGGCUUCUGGAUUAGUAGGAGGGUAUUAUGCCCCAUCGCUCUUUAUUGGUGGUGCAACAGGGAUGGUUUAUGGAAAAUUAAUUGGUUUGGCUGUUGCUGAGUUUAAUCCCAUGAUUAACCUCUCUGUUUUGGAAGUGGCAUCACCACAAGCUUAUGGCCUGGUUGGAAUGGCUGCAACUCUUGCAGGAGUUUGUCAAGUACCACUUACUGCAGUUUUGCUUCUAUUUGAAUUGACACAGGACUAUCGGAUUGUGCUACCACUACUUGGAGCAGUAGGGUUGUCUUCAUGGAUGUCAUCCCUACAGACAAAAAGAGAUGACAGGGGGACAAAAAAGCUCAAGUUAGACAACUCAAAUUCUGCUUUACUUCCAGAAAUAACUUCUAAUAGCUUGAUUGAGUCAUCUAAUGGCAAGACCUUUGCUGAAGGUGUGUCAUAUUUGACUGAUUUGUGUCAAGUGGAAAGUUCACUUUGUGUAGAGGAAGAUAAAGUUGAGAUAGCAUAUUUUGUGAGAACAUUUGUUUCAGAAGCCAUGAACACAAGAUAUGUGACAGUGUCAAUGUGUACGCUGCUCACAGAAGUUUUAGAUCUCAUGCUUGCUGAGAAACAGUCAUGUGCAGUAAUUGUUGAUACUGAUGAUACUUUGAUUGGUUUUUUGACACUUACAGACAUUCAAGUUUAUGGAAAAUUUGCAAAAGCAAGAAGCAGAAAACACAAGGAGCUUUCAGUUUCUGAAUUAUGCCUUUUAAAUGGAGGAAUAUGUACUGUACCAUGGACAGCUACACCUGAUAUGGAACUUCAUUAUGCUGAAAUGAUUAUGAAGGAGCGUGGAUUGAAUCAAGUCCCAGUUGUGAGGAAUAUCUAUGGAAGAACAUAUCCGGUUGGUAUAUUAGACCCCCACAGUAUCAGUCUAACAUGCAGUGCUUUGGCCACCAGACAGGCCCUCGGCUAACAUUCCCCACUACCACAUCACCGAUAGGAGGGUGUAGACUACGCUGUCGUGUAUUUUCCUUUAUUGUCCUAUAUUUAAUUUGCAGGGAUCAAUUUGGUACUACCGGAUGAUUUUGUAAAUUUUAAUAUAUAUAUUUUUUAACAGAAGUUUUAUAUCUUUUUUAGGGUAAUCUUGUAGCUUUC